AUGCAUUUCGCUUCAGGUCUUCUUCUCGCACUCGGCCUCUCAUUCGUGGCUGCGACACCUGUCACUCAUUCCCACUCACAUGCAAGACGUGCGAACUCAAAGGCGACAGCAUGCACACCAGAAAUCAAAGCUCUUGUUGCUGGAAUCAACAAGAAUAUUGAUAUCCAAAAACAGGAGCUUGCUCAGACCAAAGUCAUUUCAGAAGCGCAAACCAAGAACCCACCAGAUGCGGCAGCAAUCAAGGCAGAUCAAGCCAAAUUGGUUGAAAUCGUUAAGGAGGGUGCAGCAGUGAGAGCAAACAAUCAGAAGAUAGCUCCAGCUGGUAAUGCGGCUCUUCCUGGUUUGGCUAAGGUAACUAUUAACUCUCAUUACGAUUUUGAGGGAAAGUGGCUGAUGACCCUUGAAUAGGUUGCAAAUGCUCAAGCAGGCGAACUGAAAAUUGCUGAAGCAUUGACUGGAAAGACUGCCACGGAUGCCAAGAGCUUAGCUUCUUUGACGGAAAUGUUUACUGGCGGUAUUAAACAGAAUCAGCAAAAUGCCAAGGAUGUAAAUUUUUUAUUCCGUUUCUUUCAUUAGGCAAAACGGUCGCUGAUUAUGAAUUUAUAGGCUGCUGGUAACUGCACUACCGCAUAA